GAACCCCCAGUUACUGCGCGCGCAGUUUGUCGUCAUGUGUUAUCCUUUAAGGCUGCGCGAGUUACACGUGGUGCCGACCGCAUAUAUUUACAGUUGUCUACCCCAUCUCGCUGGAUUAGUUGUCUCAAACGACCGGAAUAUACCUGAGAUUUUGUUAAUGAAUUAAUAUUAGAAGUAUCCUUAAUGACAGUGAGUAUUAUUUAUUGUUUGUGAUACUUUUGGCCGGGCAGUUAUGUGGCAUUGCUCAGCUCAAGAAAAAAAUCGCGCCAAUUCUCACGCCUACGGCCUACGCCAUGUUAAAUUAAGUACAUGCCAUCUACGUAUAAUAUUUGCCAAUUUUAGUUUUGUUCAAGCAUAUAUCACCUACUCGACUUAGCGACCGGCAACCGGUUAGAGUUAAUGAAUGGUGCACCGUGUCGUGAGUCCCUCCUACCAAUAGUGUGGCUGAUAGCGAGACGUUACUGUCUAAUUUGCUGUUCAGACAGAAUAUUUUAUAUAAAUUAUAUUUAUAUCCCCUGCACUUGCUUUUUUAAAUUUUGGCUUUUGUAAAGAACGUCGUUAAUUUAGCGAUAUUUUCUCAGAAGCGGUCAACUAAUCCUAAUAUUAACUAGAGCCAUUAUACUAACACCAUGAGUAUGAUGAUGAAGUGUCAGUAGCCGACUCGCUCACUGUGACUGGCGGAUACCCACAGCCUUGGUUUCCCGCCGUCUAUGUGUUAUCUCGUCACAAGGAAGGAAGGAUAUACUUCCGUUUGUUUUCUUUUGCUAGCUCAGUAUGGUCAAAGUAAGUUAUUCUGUCUAAUACACGUCAUAACUUAGGCGUCUUUGUGUGAUGGUGUUAAAAAGUACCUAACAUCGAAUAUACUCAAGAACAGUCAAUAUUAGUAGUAACUUAUUGUAUGACCAUUAUUAACGUCAUGCGUCACCGUCUUACUUGUCACCGACUCCUGUCAUUUAUAAUUAAUUUUUUUAGAUAAAUUAGCAGGCAUACUAUAGGCAUAGGACUAUGACUAUGCCUAGGUCAUUUAGAAUGAUUGUGAUUUGUGUAUAAAUUAUAAAUAUAUUUUAUAUGUAUUUUAUUUUAUUGUAUUUUUUUAAUUUUAUUGUAAGAAAGUAACGAAACUUUUUACCGCUUUUUUGUCGUAGACAAAAAGGUGCAGACAAAAAAGGUGCAAGUGCAUUUUAGCGCGUAUGAAAAUGAGGUUUGGUUGAUCUGCUAAGAUUAUAUUAUCCCCAGCAGCUGCAUAUCAUUAAUAUCAAUAUCUUUUUUACUCAGACCCAAAGACUAAGGAAUAUUAAACAGAAACUUCAGAAAAUAUUAUUUUUAAACAUGCAUGAUUUAUCAUUGAUUGAUACAUUCAUUUGUUCUUGCUUGAGAUGGCUUAGGCCUACUAAGCUGCACUAAGUGGGCUACAAAUUUUAUCAUCCAGUUCCAGACAGAUUCAUCCUUUGGGGUUUGGGGCCAUCCAUAAAUGACGUCACAUGUCGGGGGGGGGGGGGGCGAGGGGAAGCAAUGUUCCCUCUAAGGUUUGCUGGUUUGUGUGCAAAAUCGUACAGUUGCAAAUUUUUACAGCAUGAAUUUUUGAGUGUGCAAAAUUUUACAGCCCACAAACAAAAACACGCACAUGGAAUUUCGCUGCGUGGAUACUCAAUACUGCUGCGCUGUGUCUGAGUUAGCUGCGCAGCUUAAAGGGAACGUUGGCGCAGCGGUUGGGGGGGGGGUCACAUUUUUGUGAUGAUGUGGGGGGGGGGGCUUAAGCAAUGUGCCGUCACAUGAAAAGCUGGAUGUUAUAUUAAAAAUCUGCACUUAAUAACCCUAAAUUAAAGAAAUUUCUAAAAUUAUUCUUUUAUAAAACAACAAUAAUUAGGGUAUUUUAGAUUCAUUUUUGUGAUGAUGUGGGGGGGGGGGGCUUAAGCAAUGUGCCGUCACAUGAAAAGCUGAAUGUUAUAUUAAAAAUCUGCACUUAAUAACCCUAAAUUACAGACAUUUCUAAAGUUAUUCUUUUAUAAAACAACUAUAAUUAUGGUAUUUUAAACUGCGAUCACUGAAAGAAUCGGUACAAGUAUGCGAGGUCAGAAAAAUGGACUCUGAUCAAAUUACAGGGCGCGAUGGACCAGGAGAAAAUGGAUGUAUAGUAGGGUGACCAAACGUCCCAUAAAAACAGGAUUGUCCAGUUUUUUCACGAUCGCACCCUGUGUCCCGAAAAAGUCUCCAGGGACACCAAAAUGUCCCGUCUCAAAACCCAAACACAAUUUCAAAUCACUAAAACUUGCAAAUUUUUAAUAUAUCUUCAAGUAAUAUUUUGGCUAGCUGUGUAGCCAGUAGUGAUGUGGGCUCGCGUGAUGGUUGCAUUGCUCCCCCUCCACCACUCUGCCGAUGCUGCUUAAACGUCAGUGUCCCUGCCUUAGAUCUUAUUAUGUUGUAAAAUAUGUAUAAAUAAGUAUUCCCUGCAAAAUAAUAGUUUUCGUUUAUGAUAUGCCUCAGAGUUUAAAUUAAAUUACAAAAGUGACAGUAAAUUUUAAAAGAUUUCUAGGUCUCAAAAUAGUUAAAAUUACCAUAUUUCAAUAAACAGUUUCUGGGAGGCCCCUGUACCCCUCUUUAGUUGGAGGGUAUCCCCCCCCCCACACCAGGUUUUUUCCAGUUCAUGAUUUGGUCACCCUAGUGUAGUGACAUUGAUAGUGGAGAGAAUUUAUGUCAAAAUGUGGAGACUGGAGUCUUAGAAUUAGGACGACCACGUGAAGUGGGAUGGAACGGAAAAAAAAAGUUGAACUGGGUCGGGGGCUUCUUAGUAAAUGCUCUAGGGCAGGGAUUCUUAACCUAUGUGCGACGCUGCAGACCCACUCCUUUUUAAAGACACACAUCCCCUAUAAAAAAUGGCAACAAAUUACCAAAAAUUCAUCAGAAAGACAUAAUUUACUGUUGCUAAUCAAAUGCAUAACAUAAUAUUUUUUUUCUUAGCAACAACUAGCAAUGGCAUCAAAUACAAUUUUCUGGUUUUCCGUACUCAGGGCUGGGGAGGUACCUUUGCUCCUGGUUAAGAACCACUGUUCUAGUGAAAUGUAUUUGACACAGGCACAUGAAUUUGAUAUUCUUGGGAGGUGCAUUUCUUAAGGCUUUGUAAAGGACUGGAGUGGACGCAUGGAAUUUAAAUUUUGGUUGGGGGGGGUGCAGCGAUUAGUGACAUAUUUGAUGCAGGUCUAACUUUUUGUGAUGGGGUGGGGAGGGGGGGGGGGUCCAAAAAAUCUGCAAAAUUUGUGUGACUUCAUUUAUGGCUGGUCCUUUGCCCAGUUCCCUCCUUUCAAGUUUUCAAGGAUAUGAAUGAAUAAUACAAAGAUAUAAAGUGGUUUGCUUUACUUCUGUACACUUGUUAAAUCAGAGGAUAGUCACAUCCUGGUAAAUCAGGAUUAUAGAAACUCAUCCUGGGAUGAAAUAAAUUCAAUUUAAAAUAUUAUUGUAAACUUAAUUUAACUAUGCAAGAGUUUAGUUACAUUUGACUAUUAAAGAAUGAAAAACUAUGUUAAAGUUAAUGGAUUUUUCACUUGCCUCUAAUAGCUUCAUUAUAUCUGUCAAGCAAUAUUUACAAACCAAUGUUUCUAGCAACUUGUAACAAGGGGUUGUCUUGAGAAUUAACAUAAUUAAUAAUGUUAUACAUGUGUUCAUAUAUGUGAUGAGCUGUUGAGCCUGUUGUGUUGUGUUCAUUCACUUAUGGCGAUGAGUGUCUACUUGUUUAGGCUAAGUCUUUCACUUCAUCCCACAAGAAAGUAUAUCUUAAUCUAAUAGCAACACCCACUAAUACAACUAACUCCAACUCCAACCCGUUUGUUGCAACAUAUGAGUUUAUUUAUUAACAAUUCCCUAACCAUGGUUUCAGAUUAGUUCCAGCCAAACACUAAGCAACACACAAGUCCAAACAGUCAAUAUAGUAUAUCCACCAUCUAUCCACCCUAACAAAUAAAAAGAACGCAUCAUUUCCCCUUACCCAAAAACGUCACAACAAUCUCACACAAUAGAUACAGCUACACAUGAAAUCUCCAAAUUAAACAUCUUUUACAUACCAAACAUAACAACAGUGAUACUCAUACCCUUGGCAAUAUGUACAUGUCUUACUAAGUUGAUUUUGAGAUUUUGGAAGAAGAAAAAAUAUAUAAUAAUUAUGAAGGUAAUUUGAACAUAAAGCGCCUGAUACAAAAGUUAUUAGAGCACAUGUUCCCAGCUCAUAGGAUGUGACCUCUCUCUUGUUGUGAAGAGAUUUCUGCUGGAUCGCUGCCGUCUGAAACAAAAUACUAAGAGAAAUAUUGAUUUUUUAAAAUAGAUUCCUUUUUUUAUUUUGUGUCUUUAUUUCAAUCAUGGCAUGAAAUAUGUAGUUAAAUGCAAGACUGUAAGAUCUAGUUUUCUUUUCCAAGAAUUUACGAUACUCAAAUUUUCCCAGUAUAUUGCUGUAUGAGAAUGAGUCACUUUUUUAUAUAGGUAUAAAUGUUGCAGUGGCUUGAAAAUGCUCAAGAACCUGUGUACCACUGCUAUUGCGUUUAAUAUCAUUAAGAGAAAGCUAUGAGCUCAACAUGAAGAUGCCCAGCCCAAUAAACUGCCUAUAAAGACAUGAACAUAAUCUUUCGCCUGCUCACAGGAGACCUUAGCCGCAUAAAACAGUUAACAAUACUUUUAAACACAUUGUUGAAAAAAUUCAUUAACAUUGAUUGGCAGAAUCCUUUCAUUAUAACCAAUUAUAAACUAAGGGCUGCUAAUUAUAAUAUAGGGUAGUUGUGUUGAAUUAUGUGAACUGGUUUAUUCCGGCUUAAGGAAUCAUAAUGGCCUAGCUGACAGGGCAUGUUUAUUAGCCCUGACUCCAAGGUUUUACCAUUUGUGGGAUUCUAGUUAGCAUGUACAGGUAUUUAAUAUCACAAGCAAUACAUUAUAAAAACCACUUACUAGUGUGUCAAAGAGAGAACUGCCUGAUACACAUUAAAUAAUGUACUGUUGUUUUCACAUCUCAUAAUGUAGGUAGUGCUUAUUUUCUGACAUAAAUGAACUAAUCAUAAUGUACUAUGACUUGCAUAUCUCAGAAUUUCUACUAAGAAACAGAAUAUGGUUGUGGGAGAAUAGAUUCAUAUAGAACUUGAUAGAAGAUAGAGCAUAAAGUGGCAAUACAAAUUGACAUUUAUUCAGCGUUGUUCAUACUAAUCUGUAAUUAAUUUAUGGUUAGGGGUGUCAAUAGGAAUGCCCCAAGAGUAGGAUUUAAAAAAAAAAAAUUUGAAAGAAAUAUUUUUUAGUGUUAAAUGUUAAACUAAAUUGUAGUCAUUCCUGACAUUUUUCUAAUUUCUGUUCAGGUGCCUGCUUUAAUCUAUGAAACUUUUGGGAGAUAGCGAAGGGUCUCAGACUCCCCCAUCAGAGUCAGCCAAAAUGUACUUGAAUAAUUCCAAACUCUCCUCCACCAACCCCAAUCUCAAAUAUGGCGAGGGGGAUGCCACCAGCAGCUACACUUUCAAGAGCAGAUCAUACAAAGCCAAUGGUGUGGAUGAACCCCAGGAGCCAUUAGAUUUGGACAAUCAUGAAGGAAUAUGCCUGGAUGCUGAAGACACCCAGCACUCGUCUAACGUCCUUGCUGGGAUCAACAAGCUGCGAAAGGAGGGUCAGUUCUGUGACAUCAUUCUGGUCGUUGAGGACCAUGAGUUGCAGGCCCACCGGGGGGUGCUUGCGUCAUGCAGCCCCUAUCUGUUUGACUUUAUUUCCUGUCUGGAGGAGACCACUGAGCCACUCCCCACCUAUAAACUGAAGAAUAUUCCCUACGUAGGUUUCUACUACCUGUUGGAGUACAUGUACACUGGAAGGUGAGUCUGCAUGUGCAGUUGGUAUUAUUUCAAAUUUAGUGCAUAUUCUUGAUCUGUUAAAGUGCUAAGCGUAUUACCGACUGGGAAGUUGUGUGUUUUUUUAUAUAAUGGGAGAUGCAUAGUAUUAUAGUAUAUAGUUAGCUAAAAAAUUAUAUAACUCAAAUUUUAUACUGCCAUUAAAUCUUGUUUCACUGUCACAUGCUCCUGUGUGGGUACUACUCACUUAAAUUCAUAAGUGCAAUCCAACCAUACACACACUUUAGAAAUAAUUUUUUAUCUAUUAUUUUAUAUCUUUUUUCUUUCAUUAGGUUGCAUGUUCCUCUUGAAAAUGUGCCUGUUGUGCACGCCACCGCCCUAGUGCUGAAAAUGGAGUCUGCCUCUGGGAAAUGUGCAAAUUUUCUGGCCAACCACUUGACGGCUGCUAACUGUUUAGGUAUCAACAACUCUUCUUACAUUUCUCUCUCCAGCCCCCUUCUCUUCUGAGGAGGGUGCGGUCAUGCAGUCACAUUUUUCUCUUGGCCCUCCAUCUCUGGGAGAGAUGGAACAGGAAGGCAGAAGCUGACCAGUGCAUCACCAUAGCGGUCAUAUGACCACCAUUCACCCACUUUUUUACCAUUUUGAUUUGUUUAUGUCCUUAUAACAAGCACCCAGGGGUUAACCUUUGCCAUCAACUUCAGCGCAGCAGACCUGUGCAUGUCGUUUUUCCCUUUAAAGUUUCACUGUUUCCAUUGAGUGCUUCAUUGAGAGCCUGUAAUUUACCUAGUAAUAUGGACAGAUAUAAGACUAAAAUCUGCUUUUGUAAAUGUCUGAUGGCAAAGGUUGUACUCAAUGUAUGUAUUGUGUUGUUGAGAAUACCACCACCACAAAAAAAGUCAGUGAUCUACUAAUGAGCCCCACCCUCUGAAUAUCCUCCCAAACCACGCAGAUGAGCGUUAAGUCUGAAUACGCAAUCAAUCAAGGGAGAGGAGAAAGAUGGAUUGUUGGAGGAUGAGGAAUAUUGAUCCAGAUAUAUGCUAUGGUGAUGCGGAGGCUGUUUGAGUAGAGGUCGACUUGUCACCAAGGUGAGGCCAAACAUUAGACAAUAGUUUUCUGAAACACCUUCCUGAGGUGACUAGCAUCCGUCUACCUAUGCUUGGGGUUUGUCGUAAUAAACAAUCUAUAUUUUUUUUUUAAUGGUUUCCAUUUUUUCCUCCCUUUGAUCAAAUGUAGGUAAUAAUUUCAGGACAUUUCGAAGCAUGUCAACCUGCAGACUGAUAAAAAAUUGUUUCUUCUAUUUCAAGAAAACAUUUUUAUCAGGCUAAAAAUUCUAACUUGUUAGGUGGUGCUCUAGAUGGACUGUGGUCAUCAGUAAUUUCAAUUACUAUUUUUUUUUUUUACAGCGGCUUAACAAAGUAACAUUUUGUAUAAUGACUUAUUCUUUUUUAAUUUGCAGGGGGAAGUAUGUUUUCAAUUGUGUGCCACAAUUUAAGAUACAAUAAUUAUUAAUGAUCCAUACAUCUUUGUUUAAAAAAAUAAUUUCAUGUUUAAGCUCAAAAACUUGCAGUCAUGUAAAUUCACUACAUUUACUCCAUUGGUUCAAUUCAUGUUUAAUGUAGGCAUUUUCCAGUUCGUGUAUUUUCAAACUUUCAUUCUGUCUAUAGAAUUAUUAUUCAGUGAGACUUCCAUUGUCACACGAAGCAGGUUUAUUUAAAUGGGCAGGCUUUAAAGAGAGUCCUCCAUAGUUCUUUUUUAAAACAUUUCUUUUUUUCUUUUUUAUAUAUUACAGAGCUGCUUUGCAUCUUAUUUUGAAGACAACAUGGCUUUAGAAAUGGCUGCUUUUUUUUUUUUUCAUAGGAAUUUGUAUUUUAAGAUUUUAAAGUUUUUAAUUCUACUCCAGGAAUCCGACGCUUCACAAAAGAUGCAGCUUUCAAGCUAGCGGUUGAUGAGUACAUAAAGUCUAACCUGAAAGACAUCAUGCAGAGCAAGUCCUUCUUUGGGCUCACUGACCUUCAGGUUGAGGUUGUGGGUUAGUAGUGUUCAUCUUUUCUUUCUCACAAUCUCAAAUUUUUACAGUCGUUUGGAAACAAGUUCUUGUUAGGUGGGCAAUUGUGCAAGCAGUUUUAUUAAAUCUUUAAAUUGUAAUUGUAGAGUCCAUAUUUCAGUAUCAUGGAUGUAAUAUUUGAAAUUAUAUUAUUGGUACAGCAAACCUUUUUGUAUUUUCUUCUAGGACUCGAUGAGAGUAUCACCAAUGAGGCAAUGGAACGCAGGCUAUUUUCAUUGGUCUUGGAUUGGGCCAAAAAUAAUCUGAAUGACUUGAAACCAAAAAUGGAUCGCUUGGUUGAAAAGGUAAAUUUAAAAUGGACAUUUAAUACCAUUAUCUCUCUCCUGAGAGAAUUCAGCAGGACUGAAAUGUCUUUGAAUAUCUUUUAAACCAAUUAUGUUUUAAGACUUCUUAAAGAUUUUUUUGAUUUAUGACCAUUUUUAUAACGCUUUGAUGAUUGUUAAAUUUACUAACAUUAUAAAUAGAUUAUCAACAACAUUAUAAAUAGAUUCUGGUGCAAGGGUUUGAAGUUCUGUUGGUGUUUCCACUAGGUGAAUGUGCUCUACUUGGAAUCAGACAACACACUGAGAGACUGUGCUGAUGUGGAGGACACUGUACUAAGUAGUGAUGACGAUAUGGUUCAGGACUACAAAAAGGCUCGCAGAAGGGUAGGUCUAGUCUGGCAUGAUUUACUAGGGCUUCUUUUUUAUGUUAAAAGGUCUUUGUGUUCAGGAUUUGAAUUGUGAUAAAGAUUCCCUGUUAAGCAUCCAUUCAUUGGUUAUUUUCUUUAAUAGUAAUCCAAAUAUUGGCCCAGAAGCAAUGUUCACACUGAGGAUUUGUUGUAGGCACAUAUCUGGUACAAAUCCAACAGGCUUGAAUGCUAACACUCCAGCUACAUGUGCAUCCUCUGAUACCCCAUGAAGGUGUUUACUCUGUAGCACACAAAUUUAACUUUGUGUGCAGAACUAGUUUGUUUUUUUUGUAUGUGCUGGUGCUAUAUUAAAAAUGGAAUAAAAAGCCAGGACAAAACAGUUAAUGUGUGCAAUUUUAUUCAAUUAUUUUUGAGCCCGUACAAUGUUCAUAUUUGGUAGGUAAAACAUACAUGAGCAGUCUUUUCGAAAAUCUGAAUUUUCAGAAAAGUUCUUACUCCUUUUGUUCUUAUUAGUAACUCAAGUUAGUUAAUGUUUUUUUAUGUAAUAUAAUAAAAUAUCUGGUCGCUUUCAAAUCUAUCAUAAUAAUUUAAUAAUAACUCAUUUUGGAAUAUCAUGUUUUCAAAUACAUGACUUAGAUGUGUGUGUGUAUAUAUGUAUGCAUAUAUUAGCAUAUUAAAAAAUAAAUAUUGAUUUUUAUUAAUUAAAAAUAAAAUAGGGUAGUAAUUAUAAAUACUAAACAAAUACUUGUAGGCGAAACAGUAUUAGUUCUAAAUUGAUACCGGCACAUGACCCUAGUGCACAUAUCCCAGCAACAAUUCCCUCACUGUGAACCUCGUUUGAAGCCACUAAAAACUUAAUUAAAAAAAAAAAAAUUAAAUCCAGAACAUAUUUUACCUUUUAGCAAAAGAUAGCUCUAUGUUAUUUAUACUUUUUUUUUUUUUACAUAUAACUUUUUUCACAAAUGCUUAUGUGUAUGCAAAUGUUGUGUGUCAUUUUUUAAAACUACUUCAGAACAAACUUCAACCGAAAGGAGGCAGUCAGCGGUCUGCUACUAAUGGUAAUGGGCAGGCUUUCCAUAAGUUCAGCCUCAAUCCUGAGGAGGCUGUCUCAGUGGCAGAGAGAGAGUGGUCCAUUGUGGCUACACGAAAAACUAGUGGUGAGACACAUUGUCAUCAUUUGAUUUACCCUUCGUCACAUUACGGGUCUUUAGUGCUGAAAACACUACACUCAUAAGAAUAGUAAUGUGAUUAGCAUUUCAUUUUUAAACAAAAUAUAUAUGCACGCCAUAAAUUUGGGGAAUUUUCUUCCCUGCCUGGGCAUUUUCUUGAGCCCUUGCCUGUUUUUAUUUCAGAGAAUGCUUACCUAGCCAUAGCUUUGCUCGAUGGCCGUCUGAUGGCUAUCAGCGUGCAUGUCCGCCCCGUUGUUCCUACAAACGGUGACUCCAGCGGAAGCAACACAGCUCCUGACACACCCCCAGCUGUCACCAAUGGCAAGCAUAGACUGAGUCCAAUCCUGAGGAAAGCAUCCAUAACACCACUGCAGCCAAUGUCAACACCAAGAUGUGCUCUGGGUGCUGUGGAACUGGAUGGCAAAUUGGUUGUGUGUGGUAUGUUGAUAAAAAAUUGACACUAAAGAUAAAUAGAUUAAGUUGACAAACGUUAAAACCAUUAAAUCUGUUAUUUAUUUUUUUAAUAUAAUUGGGUAAUUUUAGUAGUAAUUUUACAUAACUUUUAAAAAAUGGGAGGUCAUUGUUUUUUUUUAAAAAAUAUAUAUAUAUAUAUUAAUGCAUUAAAAGGUGGCUAUGACAGAGGCGAGUGUCUCCAAAGUGUUGAGGCUUUUUCACUUAAUGACAACCAGUGGACUAAGAUGCCUGACAUGAAUCGGGCUCGGGGAAGGUUUGGUGCAGCAGUACUCAACGGUCUACUCUAUGUCUGUGGUGGCUCUGAUGGGUGGAAGGAGCUCUCUUGUGUAGAAAAAUAUGAUCCUGCCACUCAGAAAUGGAAGUAUGUUCCCAACAUGCUUAAGGAAAGAUCCUCUCAUGGUGGGUGAUGUGCAGCUGAAUUCAAUACCAUCUUUCUUGCAUUAGACAAGGAUAUACUUGAUUUAUUUAAAAGUCAAAUUUAUAGCUUUAAUGUGGUUUGUUUCUUUCUUGCAUUAGACAAGGAUAUACCUGAUAUAUUUAAAAGUCAAAUUUAUAGCUUUAAUGUGGUUUGUUUAGCUCAAAUUAGACUAAUUAAAAUCAGUAUAUAAGUUACAUCAUGUACAACAAUCAUGGCAGCCGGCAAUUAUUUAAUUUUCAAAACAAUAGAAUUUAUGUUAAAAUUGUAAUUUUAAAGAUAAUUUUUUUAAAUUUUUUUUUAAAUGAUCAUUAGUAUAAAAGUCUUAUAAACUUUCUUAUAUCGUAAGUAGCUUUGCUAUUUUUCAGGUGUUGUUACAUUGAAUGACAAACUCUACUGUAUUGGUGGAUGCGAGGGCCAGAGAAGUAUUGCCACCUGCGAGGCCUUUGACCCCACUACCAACAAGUGGACUCGAAUUGCAUCUUUAAAUUUUGGUAUGUUUUUGAGAAGUUGUUCAUAUUUCAAGUAAAUCAUAGGCAAACAAAACCCUGUAACAUUAAUAUACUUGGGCAUCAAGGUAUGAUCUAUCGAGUUUCGAAAAAUUGACCCAUUAUAGAAAUACCGUGAAAUUCUUUUUAAGAAGUAGAGAAAAUUAUAAAACCUAUAUUAUUCAAAUAUUGAAGGCAGUGUGCUUCUUCUGUACCUUCCAAUUUUUAUACCUGGGUUAGGGAAGUAACUCCAUUUUGCAAUUGAUCAUUUGUAAAAAAAAAAUAUUUAAGCUUCUAAAUAUUAAGUAAUAAUGGUUUAAGAAUAAAUGAAUCUGGUUUAAUUUUUAAAAAUGGCGCGAUAAAGAACGACCAAAAAAAUCGGAUGAAGACAUGCUGGAUAUGGAUGCACCAUACUCAAGCACAGAUAAAUUGAAGAUGAAACAGGAUUUAAAAAACUUUUCCCUUACACAAAAUAAGCGAGCUUUAAGAAAAAACUUAGCCAUCUUUUUGGAACAAACUAAAUGAUCUUUAAUAACAAACUAAAUGAUGAAGACAUGCUGGAUAUGGAUGCACCAUACUCAAGCACAGAUAAAUUGAAGAUGAAACAGGAUUUAAAAAACUUUUCCCUUUUUUUUUUUUUUUUUCAAUUGAAAUCAUUCCAUCAUCUGAAUUCGCGAGAUUUCCGUGCUACUUUUAAAAUGAAAGCGGUUUGUUGCUCUGCGCCUGGUGUAUUUGGACGCAUCUGUCCGAAUCCCCGAAUGGCGCAUUUUGUCGCAACUGUUAGGAAUGAGUUUAUACAUUUCAGACAACUAUAGUUUUUUUUAUGGACUAUAAGACACACCUUCAUUUUUAAGGAAUUUUUAAAAAGUAAUAAUUUUUUUGCCAUUUUUAUUAAAAUUUCGAGUAUAAGACGCACCUGAAUUUUAGAGGCAAUUUUUCGAAGAAAAGGGUGUGUCUUAUAGUCCGUAAAAUAUGGUGUUCCUCCUUGGUUUCAAAGUGAUUAAAAAUAAAUUAUGUACACAACCCUGAUGGAUAUUUUUGCAUAAUGUUGAAAUGUUUCAGACUAGACAUCAUUAAGCAAAUACUCGAUGUAUAAGGUCUCUCUAUGGAACAUAGCAAUGUGAUAAAUAUUUUGUAAUUAUGUUGGGCUGCAGAACUUGAAAGAUAUGUUAUAACGUUAAACUUGUGGCAACGUUUCAGCUCGUUCUCAAGCCUGUGUGUGUGCGGCUGAUGGCCUAGUGUAUGCCAUAGGAGGAACUGAUCAGUGGAACACACUCAGCUCUGUAGAGGCUUAUGAUCCAGAAACUGAUAAGUGGACCCAACGACCUAGCAUGAAUUCAGCACGAAGAGGUGCUGGCAUUGGUAUCAUCGAAGGUAAGUAGAGGAAGAUCCAAGUUUCACUUUAUUAAUUGAAAUGUGUUGCGAUACAGCGUUCUUGCUAUCUGGUGUCAUAUUUUAUUGGUAUUGGUAUGUUUUCUUUUACUGUCACUCUUCUUCUGUAAUCAACUUUGCUUAAAUAAAAUGAGUUUGGGAACCUAGAGAUGAAUUGGUGAAGAUGAAUUGAUUUUUUUUUCCUUCAGAUGUUCUGAUUGUUGUUGGUGGCAGUGAUGGGGCACAAUCUUUAUAUACAUCAGAGAUUUAUGACUUGAAGACAGACACCUGGAUUGUUGGGCCCAACCUCAAUGCCCCCAGGGCAAAUCUCAGUGUGGUUACAAUUGAACGUCGCCUGUUUGCUGUCGGGGGAUUCAGUGGUAAAAAAUUCCUCAGCACCAUAGAGUGGUACGAUCAUGACGAUAAGGAAUGGUUUGGACAUGCACCCAAACAAAUUGCAGCCACCAGUAAUGGUGAUAAGAGCACCUCAGAGAAUGGAAGCGAACCAUCCUCACCUGGGAUGGCAGAACAAGCUGAGUGUACAGAGAGGAAUUCACCUGCUGGCCAGAUGGAUAAAUCUGAUGGCAUGUCUGAGUGCACCCUGAAAGACAUUGAAACAAAAAAUAUUGUGGGUGAAGAGGAGCGGAUGGGUUCAACAUAGAUGGAAUAUAUCAUAUAAUAAAACUGAUCCACUGUUAAUACUUGAUGUGUUGGUCAAAUUCAUGUUGGAGAUUUUAUAUAUAAACAAAUAGGCAAAUGCUGGCUCAGGUUAUUUCACAUUUUUUAAAUUUUUAUGUUUGUUUCGGUUCAUGGAAUUUAAAAUUGCUUGGUACAUUUAUAUUUUUAAGUGUUAAAUUCCAGAUUUUAAAUACUUUAUGUUGGUGUUAAAAUCACAUUGUCAAAAUAUUUUGCUGGAUGUGUGCACAAAUCUCAUUUAUAAUUGGCACUUUCCAUAAAGGAUGUACAAUGACUGAUACACACUAAAGAUCAAAAACGCUUAAUUUUCUUAAAGUAACCCAUUAAACUAACAGCAGGGGUAAAAAUAACAUCUGGCAUAUGUUAAAGCCAUGAAACAUUUUAUAUCUAAGAUGUUUUCAAAAAAGAUUCACUUUUUCUUAUCUUUACAAUCUGUGUAAUGGGUUUCUAACUCUGUUAUUAAGUUAUUGCCAAACCCACAGUGAAAAUUAUAACACAAACACACAACACCAACCCCCC